GAAAAGUCGAAAAGUUUUUCUUUCGGUUGAUGCAAAUCUUUCUCUGUCUGCGACAUUUUCAAAUGCUCCCAAAGCUCAGGGAAAAAUUCGUAAAACGGAAUCCAUCACUUUGACCAAAUAAGAUUCUUCAAAACUUACGAAGAAGAAGAACGAUGUUCUUGAUCAAAAACCUCACGCGAAUCUCGCCGACCAAAUCCUCAGCGGCCCUGAUCGGAUUUAGAAACACCGGAUCAUUCACUCUCUCCUCCCGUUUCUGCACCGCGCUGCAUCAACAGCAGCAGAAACAGCAAGAGACUCAGAUUCAGCCUCCGGCUACAAAUGGAUUGGAUCGGAGCCGUUACGAAGGUUUGGGGCCGACGAGAGAAGGAGAGAAGCCGAGAGUGGUGGUUCUCGGGUCGGGUUGGGCGGGUUGUCGAUUGAUGAAAGGCAUCGACACGAGCAUCUACGACGUCGUUUGCGUCUCCCCUAGGAACCACAUGGUCUUCACGCCUCUCCUUGCUUCCACUUGCGUCGGCACUCUCGAAUUCAGGUCCGUCGCUGAGCCGAUCUCUCGUAUCCAACCCGCGAUUUCGCGAGAACCCGGCUCUUAUUUCUUCCUCGCUAAUUGCUCUCGACUUGAUGCUGAUUCUCACGAGAUUCACUGUGAGACUCUGAUUGAUGGGUCGAACACAUUAAAGCCAUGGAAGUUCAAGAUAGCUUACGACAAGCUCGUGGUAGCUUGCGGUGCAGAGGCGUCCACGUUUGGAAUCCAGGGAGUUAUAGAAAACGCCAUCUUCCUCCGUGAGGUUCACCAUGCUCAGGAGAUCCGUAGGAAGCUUCUUCUGAACCUGAUGCUCUCUGAUACUCCUGGCAUAUCGAAAGAGGAGAAGCAGAGGCUGUUGCAUUGCGUUGUGGUUGGAGGUGGACCAACGGGAGUAGAGUUUAGCGGUGAAUUGAGUGACUUUAUCAUGAAAGAUGUUCGUCAACGAUAUGCCCAUGUGAAGGACGACAUUCAUGUUACUUUGAUAGAGGCCAAGGAUAUACUUUCGUCGUUCGAUGAUCGUCUCAGACGCUAUGCCAUCAAGCAAUUGAACAAGUCUGGAGUGCGGUUUGUGCGUGGGAUUGUGAAAGAUGUGAAGCCUCAGAAGCUAAUACUUGACGAUGGCACAGAAGUUCCUUACGGACUCUUAGUGUGGUCCACUGGUGUUGGUCCUUCUCAAUUCGUUAAGUCUCUUGAUCUUCCAAAAGCUUCCGGUGGAAGGAUCGGUAUCGACGAGUGGAUGCGUGUACCUUCUGUACAAGACGUGUUUGCUAUCGGUGACUGCAGCGGAUAUCUGGAGUCCACCGGAAAACCAACCCUUCCUGCUCUUGCUCAGGUCGCUGAGAGAGAAGGCAAAUACUUAUCGAAACUACUAAAUGAGAUCGGGAAAGCCAACGGAGGACGAGCCAACAGCGCAAAGGAGAUAGAACUUGGAGUUCCCUUUGUGUAUAAGCACCUUGGAAGCAUGGCUACAAUCGGUAGAUACAAAGCCCUAGUCGACCUACGUGAGAGCAAGGACGCAAAAGGAAUAUCGAUGACGGGUUUCGUGAGCUGGUUCAUAUGGAGGUCGGCUUAUCUGACUCGAGUCAUAAGCUGGAGAAACCGAUUCUAUGUUGCCAUUAAUUGGUUCACCACUUUCGUCUUUGGUCGUGACAUUAGCCGUAUCUGAUCUUGUCAGCAACUCCACUCGUGUCGCUGUAACGGCGUCGUUGUGUACAGAAGUACAUCAAUAACAUAACCUUUCAGGCGAGAGAGAAGGUUUUUCAAAAAAAUUGCUUGUUUUUGUGGUUGAUGUUGUGAGUAUUAUUAUAGGGUGUUUUCACAUUUUGGUUUUUUCUUCAAAAGUGUUUGUACCAUUUUGGUUUUUUUUUCCAAUAUGUAAAAGAGAAUAUUCCAAAGGACAAUUGAAUAGUUAUAACUUUGAGCUUUCUUAAGAAAAAUAAUAAGCAAUUGUGUAAUAUUUGGAUUUUGUGGACAUACCAACCCAGAAG